AUGACUGAGUACUACGAGGAGAGGGGCUGCUGUACGAAGCACUCACCUCCCAUGCACAUCAAAGUGGAGUCUCCGGAGGGACCCGCCCGGAGGGGCGUCUCAGAGGACGGCUUUCCCAGGGAGGAUGAGGACUCGGGAAGGCAGCUGGAGAGCUUUUUGGUCCUGCUGGGAGGCUCCGAGCGCAGGGAGAGAGAGAGGAUCUGGGCAGGGAUCCUGGAGCGGGUCAAUGCUGUGUCCAGAGUCCCUCGCACCCUCCGCGAGGUCAAGAAGCGCUGGGACGACCUGAAGAGACGCAAUGGAGGCAGGCUGGCAGACGCUAGGCACCGCACUUGUUACCUGCCAUCCAACAGAGGGGCUUCCAUGCUGGGACUGUCAGCUCAGGCAAGCCCCAGGCUUCACCAGGCCAGACAGAAGCAAAGCUCCAGAGGGAAGGCCAGUUUCACGUGCUUCACUGAUACAGAACCAGUGGGUGGAGGUGAAGGGUUGGAGAGGGAUGGCUUUGAGAAGGAUGAGGAUAGUGGUGAGCGGGAAGUGGAGGUGGGAGAGGCGGAAUGCGAGGGGGCAGAGAGCAGUAUGGAGGAAAAGCUGGGUUUCGGACUGGGACUGGGGAUAGGACCUCCCCUAACUCGGAACGCUGGCUGCCUCCCUCUCCCCUCUACAGCGCCCCUUUCCUCAAUGGGACCCCUCAGCCUAGUCCCCAGCCAUCACUAGGGGCCCAGCAGGGACCAUUGGAGGCCCCUCCUCGCGGCUUAUGGCUGGAGGACGAGCUCCGCAGCGUGGGGGAGGCAGCUCUGCAGCUGGGGGAUCGGGUUGAGCAGAGUCUUCGGGAGUUUGGGGAGGGAUUCAGACGUGAUAUGAGAACAUUAGUGGCUUCUCAAGAGGCACUGGCAACCAGCCUACAGCAAAACAAUGUUCUCCUGCAAAGGCUGCUGGGAGUCCUAGAGGCACAGCAGCAGCAGCAACAACAACAACCACCACAGCAGCAGCCACAUCAUUCCCAAAAACAACAGCCACAACAGUCAAUAAUGCAGCAACCACAACAGUUACAGCAGCAGCAGCCACAGCCUCAACAACCAAUUCAGCAGCAACAGAUACAGCAACCCCAACUGGUGCAGCAGCAUCAACAACAACAGAUACAACCACAACAGCAACAACUGUUACUACAGCAACCCCAACUGGUGCAGCAGCAACAACAACAGAUACAACUGCUACCACAGCAACCACAGCAGCACCACCCCCAGAGUCCAAGUAAUCAACCAACUUUAGCAGUUGCCCCUGUACCACCACCUCCAGAUAUUCUUGAUGGUACCACCCGUCCAGAUCCACCCGCAGUCAUUAAUGGAACCGUCCAACGGCCAAGGCGGGGGAGAAUUGUUGACCAUAGACGAAGAAGAAGGCGUUAGAUAAAGAUGAAAAUAAGAUUUGAUGUACUUUAUUUAUUUUCUCUAAUACAAUCUGAUUUGAAAUAAUUGUGUCCCUCUAAUUUCAGCCAAAGUCGAAAAAGUUGUUUCUUUUGCACAUUUGUUAUGUAGAGUGUGGAAAGUAUUCAGACCCCUAGACUUUUUCCACAUUUUGUUACGUUACAGCCUUAUUCUAAAAUGUAUUCGAUUACUGUUUUUCCUCAUCAAUCUACACACAAUACCCCAUAAUGACAAAGCAAAAACAGGUUUUUAGAAAUGUUUGCAUUUUUUUUAAAUAAACUGAAAUAACUUAUUUACAUAUAUAUUCAGACCCUUUGCUAUGAGACUGAAAUUGAUAUCAGGUGCAUCCUUUUUCCAUUGAUCAUCCUUGAGAUGUUUCUACAACUUGAUUUGAGUCCACUGUGGUAAAUUAAGGUCCCACAGUUGACAGUGCAUGUCAGAGCAAAAACCAAGCCAUGAGGUCAAAGGAAUUGUCUGUAGAGCUCCGAGACAGAUCUGGGGAAGGGUACCAAAAUAUUUCUGCAGCAUUGAAGGUCCCUAAGAACACAGUGGCCUCUAUCAUUCUUAAGUGGAAGAAGUUUGGAACCACCAAAAUCUUCCUCGAGCUGGCCUCCCGGCUAAACUGAGCAAUUGGAGAAGGGCCUUGGUCAUGGAGGUGACCAAAAACCCGAUGGUCACUCUGAUAGAGUUCCUCUGUGGAGAUGGGAGAACCUUCCAGAAGGACAACCAUCUCUGCAGCCCUCUACCAAUCAGGCCUUUAUGGUAGAGUGACCAGAUGGAAGCCACUCCUCAGUAAAAGGCACAUAACGGCCUGCUUGGAGUUUGCCAAAAGGCACCUGAAAGGACUCUGACCACGAGAAACAAGAUUCUCUGGUCUGAUGAAACCAAGAUUGAGCUCUUUGGUAUGAAUGCCGAGCGUCACGUCUGGAGGAAACCUGGCACCAUCCCUACGGUGAAGCAUGUUGGUGGCUGCAUCAUGCUGUUGAGAUGUUUUUCAGUGGCAGGGAGACUAGUCAGGAUCGAGGGAAAGAUGAACAGAUCAAAGUACAGAGAGAUCCUUGAUGAAAACCUGCUCCAGAGUGCACUGGACCUCCGAUUGGGGUGAAGGUUUACCUUCCAAAGGGACAAUAACUCUAAGCACUCAGCCAAAACAAUGCAGGAGUGGCUUCGGGACAGGUCUCUGAAUGUCCUUGAGUGGCCCAGCCAGAGCCCAGACUUGAACCUGAUCGAACAUCUCUGGAGAGACCUGAAAAUAGCUGUGCAGUGAUGCUCCAAUGAGAGAAGCUCCCCAAAUAUAGGUGUGCCCAGCUUGUAGCGUCAUACCCAAAAAUACUUGAGGCUGUAAUUGCGACCAAUGGUAUUUCAACAAAGUAAGUAGAGGUUUUUUUUAUUUUAACUUUAUUUUACUCGGCAAGUCAGUUAAGAACAAAUUCUUAUUUUCAAUGACGGCCUAGGAACAGUGGGUUAACCGCUUGUUCAGGGGCAGAACGACAGAUUUUGUACCUUGUCAGCUCGGGGAUUUGAACUUGCAACCUUUCGGUUACUAGUCCAAUGCUCUAACCACUAGG